AUGUCUGCAAGUAACAGUAAGGUCUGGUCGGCUCUGGAACUACAAACUUUCCUGGCUAUAGUUGGCGAUAGCGUGAUUCAGAAAAAGCUGGAUGGAGCAGUGAGAAACGAAAAAGUGUACAAAGAGAUUUCUCAGCGGAUGGCUGCCGAGGGAUUCGAAAGGACAUCCGAGCAAUGUCGGGUAAAGCUUAAGAAGCUUAAAGGACAAUAUGAAAAACUUAAGGAUGACAACAGCCGUAGUGGGAACAGCCGAAGUACUUGGAGGUGGUACAACGCAAUGGACGACAUUUAUGGCCAUAGACCAGCAAACAAAGGCAGAGAGGGAGGGCUGGACUCGGCAACUGCACUUCUAGAAUCCAUAAUAAAUCCUCAUGAUUUAGUGGAGGGACUUGACACCGAUGCCUCGUCCUUUCUGGACGAGGGUCCAUCCACUUCGUCAAGUAGCCCCAGUACUCCUGUAAUUGCGUCACCACCGACCCAACCAGAGAUGACACCCACUGCACUACCGCGUCAACACACCGGUAAGUCAUGA